CUUCAGCGCGAAAGAAGAGUAUACAGCAAACACACAGAUCAUCAGAAAACAUGGAUCAUAUGGAAGAUUUGGGAAGCACAGAGGAGUUUGAACUUCCAGGGUUUCGAUUCCAUCCUACAGAUGAGGAACUCGUGGGAUUCUACCUCAGAAGGAAGCUUGACAAGAAACCCAUCUGUAUCGAACUCAUCAAGCAGAUUGAUAUUUACAAAUACGACCCCUGGGAUCUUCCGAAAGCCAGUUAUGCGGGAGGAGAGAAGGAAUGGUACUUCUACUGCAGAAGGGGAAGGAAGUACAAGAACAGUGUGAGGCCGAAUAGAGUGACAGGAUCAGGGUUCUGGAAAGCAACAGGGAUAGACAAGCCUGUCUUUUCUGUUGCAGGAGAAGGCAUUGGCCUCAAGAAAACCCUCGUUUACUAUCGUGGCAGUGCUGGCAAAGGCACCAAAACUGACUGGAUGAUGCACGAGUUUCGCCUUCCCUCCAACAAUAAUGACCCUGCCAAUAAUAAUCCCCAAGAAGCCGAAAUUUGGACCCUGUGUAAAAUUUUCAAAAGAACCGUGACGCAAAAAAAGUGCACACCAGAUUGGAGACACUUGGCCACAGCAAAGCGUCGUUCCACUGACAAGAUGAGCAGAUCAAUGAGCAUUAAUAACAGUACUGUGGAGUCUUGUAAUAGUACUAUUACUUGUGAUCGAGAAUCAUAUAUCAACUUUGGAGGAUGCAGCCCAGAGCAGAAGCCUGUUGUUCAUAAUAACUACAGUACAAGCAAUCAUUAUAAUGAUCAAAGGAAUCAUCACGUCAACCAUUUCAGCACUUCAUUAACGGCGGCUCAGCAGCCUCAUCAUCAAGUAACUGCGUCGUCAUCACCAUCAUCAUCAUCUUUGAGCUUCUGGGGAAACCAGAAGGCUUCCAAUGACCAGUUUGCUUUUGACAACCCAUGGGAUGAGCUUCGAUCAGUCAUGCAGUUUUGCUCUUAAUUAGUCUUUCUAUUAUGUAAAUAAUCACCCUAGGGCUUUGCUCCUUGGGUGAUUUUGAGGAUGCAUGCGCUAUAUAUUCUCUCCAUCGUCGACUUCCAUUUGCAACUACUUUAACCUUUUUAAUAAGAUGCUAGUAGGUACGUAGUUUUAGUUGAAUAUCAUUACAUGCCUAUAUAUUUAGACAGUGUUCAAUACAGAGGACAGAGAAGAUUUAAUUUGUGUUAGAGAGAUACUGUUAUAUAUGCAAUUUGAGCACAUUCGCUUGAUAUGAACUUUUGUCUUGUUGGUUUGGUUUCAAAUGAUCUCUUCUACAAA